ACAGCCUCAGUCCAAAGUUCAGCCUCCAGCGGAUUUUAACUUUCUCUUCAGUCCGCUGACACACACAGACACACACAGAGACACACACACAGAAACAUACAGACACAGAGAGACACACACAAACUGCCGCUCUGACCUUUAACCUGUUUUUGAUUCAUCCACGGGGCGUUAGUUGCUUCGUCUUCUCGUUUCUUCCCGGACGCGCUGCGCCUCCAUCGGAGCCCUUCUGGAUUUUACGCACUGGUCGGAUCGAAGCCGCGCGCACUCAGCAUGGCGCGUGUGUUCCUGUGGAGUCUCGCGCUGCUCGCGUCAGCUCAGGUGGCUCUCUCCUCCGGGGUCUUCGAGCUGAAGAUCGAAUCCUUCAGCAGCUCGCGCGGCCUCUGCCCCUCUCAGUCCCGGAGCUGCCACAUCUUUUUCCGCGUGUGCCUGAAGCACUCGCAGGAGAUCAUCAACCCGGAGCCGCCGUGCACGUACGGCACCGCGCUCACGGACAUCCUCGACUCCGACUCCAGCUCCAUCUCGCAGAGCGCGCCCAUCAGGGUUCCCUUUCUGUUCAAGUGGCCGGGAACUUUCUCUCUGAUCAUUGAAGCCUGGAACGCAGAAUCUUCGGGUCUGGACUCCACAGAGAACCAGAACAACCUCAUCAGCCGGAUGGCCACCAGGCGGCGCCUCAGCGUGGACGAGGACUGGUCCCAGGACGUCCACUUUGAAGACCAGAGCGAGCUCCGCUACUCGUACCACGUGGUGUGCAGCGAGCACUACCACGGCGAGGCCUGCUCCGCCUACUGCCGCCCCCGCAACGACACCUUCGGCCACUACAGCUGCGAGGCCACGGGGAGCCGGCGCUGCCUGGAGGGCUGGAGCGGCGAGUACUGCACCAUCCCCAUCUGUGCGGCGGGCUGCAGUCGGAACGGUUUCUGCGAGUCUCCCGGGGAGUGUGUGUGUCGGCAGGGCUGGCAGGGCGCGCACUGCGACGAGUGCGCCCGACACCCGGGCUGCCUCCACGGGACCUGCCAGCAGCCCUGGCAGUGCAACUGCAAGGAAGGCUGGGGGGGGCUGUACUGUGACCAAGACCUGAACUACUGCACCAACCACAGGCCGUGUCGAAACGGCGCCUCCUGCACCAACACGGGUCAGGGCAGCUACACCUGCGCCUGCCGCCCCGGCUUCACCGGCAAGAACUGCGAGAUCGAGACCAACGAGUGCGACAGCAACCCCUGCAAGAACGGAGGCAGCUGCAAAGAUCUGGAGAGCGAUUAUUCGUGCGCAUGCCCUCAGGGCUUCUACGGGAAGAACUGUGAGGUCAGCGCCAUGAAGUGCGCCGACGGGCCGUGCUUCAACGGAGGAACCUGCGAGGAGAACAUGGACGGUGGCUACAGCUGCCACUGCCCCCCCGGCUUCACGGGCUCCAACUGCGAGAAGAGAAACGACCGAUGCAGCAGCAACCCCUGCGCCAAUGGAGCUCAGUGUCUGGACCUCGGCCAGCGCGUCAUGUGUCGCUGCCGUCCGGGCUUCACCGGCUCGCGCUGUGAAACCAACGUGGACGACUGCGCCAGCAACCCCUGCCGCAACGCCGGCACCUGCGUGGACGGCGUCAACGACUUCACGUGCACGUGCACGCUGGGCUUCACCAGUAAGGACUGCUCCACGCGCUCCAGCGCCUGCGACCACUUCCCCUGCGACAACGGUGGCUCGUGCUACACCCACUUCUCGGGCCCCGUGUGCCAGUGUCCGCCGGGCGUCAUGGGCGCCCGGUGCGAGUACUCUGUGAAGACCACCCCCCCCACAGAACCCUCCGUGCACAGGGAUUCCAACCCUGCGCUGGUGGCGGCGGUGGCCCUCGGCCUGGUGACGCUGGCUCUGCUGCUGUGCGCCGCCGUGCACAUCCUGCGGCAGCUGCGCCGCGGCAGGAAGCUCACGGCUCUUUCCAGGUCGGUGAAGAACGACCUGGAGGCCGUGAACAACCGCAACGCAGCCAGCGGGGGGGCUGGACAUAAUAACGGGAGCUUACCUGGAGCGCCGCUGGGCAGCCUGCAAGAGAAGGAGGCCUUCCUCGUCCCCGGAGGACAACUCAAAGUGUCCAAUAAGGACGCAGCGCUGGUGGAGAAGGACAGCGACAGCAUGGCCAUGUUUAAAAACAAGAUGGCGGACUGCAACCUGGCGAACGAGGAGCGGCGUCUCGGCAACAACAAGUUCGACCUUAAGAAGUGCGACUCGUCCAUCAUCGUGCCCCCCCUCACCUUUGCAAAGGACAGUGUGUAUCACCCAGUGUUCAUCAUCCCGGAGCAGACGGAGCAGUGUGUGUUUGCUACUGAGGUUUGACCUCUGACCUGAAGCUUGGUCUGUCCAGGACACUUCACCCACAGGGUCUCACUAUUAUUUAAUAUUUAUUACCCUGCUCAGUGGAAAGAAACAACAGACAGAACUUUGUAAAGAAUCGUUUCCACUUUGAAACCGACAGUUUUUGGACGACUGGGUUGUGGAAAAGAAAGAAGGAGCGGAGGAGGAGAGGAAAGAGGAAGAGACUGAAUGUCCAGCAGCAUUUGCACUAUUUAUCUUUUUUUAUACAUUAAAUCUUAAUAUAAUUUUUCUUGCUCUACAAUUUCCUUUGGAUCAAAUAUGAAUGAGAUGUGAAGAGUUGGAUUUUUUUCAACCAAUCAAAAAGGCCGGUGCCUCGCCAAUGCUUCCUAAUCACCGUGGCAACCACCUCCUGUACAAUCAGCUGUCAAUCAAGUCGUCGGACGUUCAACAAACUGAACUUGAACUUUUAUUCUGAAAGACGAACGGAGGAAUUUCUUUCUUCAUCUUUUCAUCUCUUGCUUUCUGAGGAGAUGAAGCUUCUGAUGUGAAGACGACAAUCACACAAUCACACAAACACACAAUCACACAAUCUCUGAAGUGCCUCUUCAUGUAAACACGUAUUUAAACAACAAAUAGAAUUUGUUGCUUCUGGAAACCAGAAGUUUUUUUUUACUGGAUCUCAUAUUCAAUCUGUCUUGAAAAGCUCAGAACCAUAUUCAGAUCCUCUGGAACCGUCUUUUGAAAUCCAGUUAACACUUGUAGACCUGAUUCACCAGAGUCCCAGAUCCUGAUCUGAGUCUAACGAGGUUCCAGGUCAAUCAGAGCAAUCAGCUGUUUGCUCCUUUUCACCUCAUGAGCAGAUAAUCUAUUCUAACACUCAGAAGUCAAACCUGAAGAGUUCAGCUGAGCUGGAUCCACUUUACCAUCAGGUUGUCUUUCUGGGACUGGUUCUGGUUCUUAUACUGGUUGUGGUUCUUAUCCAGAAAGCAGAAAAACAAAGGAACAAAGAAAAGUGAAGCGGUUGAGUCGUCGCUCUCUGAAUUCCUCUGGAUCCACAUUUUAUCCCAAACGUGAGCGACUCAGAGACUUUUAUAAUCCGUCUUUUUUACCGGAUCCAUUUGAUACCAAAAAUAAGUGUUUUCCUGUGUAGUCGUGUCUUUGUACUAUCUUUGUUAAUUUAAGAAAACAAUGCAAUGUGUACAUAUCGUCCAGAACAUAGUUUUCCUAUUUAAUUUUGCCCUUUGUAAAUAAUUGUGUAUUUAUGAAAGAGAAUUGUAUAUAUGUCUAUGUUAAUGUGCCUAAUGUCAGAAUCAAGAAAUAUAUUUUUUCAUAAAUAAAAUGUGAACAAAAUGAA